AUGGACACGCCUGGCAACACUCCCAUCACUUCGAAGGAUCGCGCAGCCCACGACGCUGCCGAGGAGGCUUCUCACGCCUUGCUCGCAUCCUUCCACGAAGGAGGCGUCGAGGACAAGAAGCCGUCUGUGCCUGCAUCUGCCCCCAGUGGUCAGACUGCGUCCGCUGCCCAGAGCACGCCGCCCACAACCACCCAGCUCGAGGCAGAGUCGCCAGCCAGCCGCCGCCGCCGCCCCAGCGCCUCGGAACAGCCCAACACCGCAAGCCCGAAGCCACACAGUUCAGAGAGCCCGCGACUCGCGAAAGCCCGUUCCAGUACCGACCUCUUCUCCGCCACCCCCAAGACUCCCAACGUCACGCCCGCCUCCGAUGCCGAGAUUAGUGACAUCGUGCAGGAUCUCAGCCAGCUGGGCAUUGCCGGAGACGACAAUGAGAACAAGGAUGGCGGUGGCAAGGACGCUGCCCGCUCUCGGGCGCAGUCGUCGAUGGUGGGCGAUGCUCCUGUGAGCCCCCGCUCCGAUGACUCUGGCAUCUCUGCCGGCGAGCAUGCUGCCGCCAUUGCGCUCCGCCAGAGCGCACCUCCUCCACCUCCCUUGCUUUUUGAGGCGAUGGAGUUCUGCUUGCCGCUCGAGGACUACUACAACCGUGACCCCACCGUGGCCGAGCUGAUCGAUCAGAUGAUACGUGACGCUCGAGCUGGAGACCACGCCGGUGUCUACAUCGCUCAGAACGCCCUCAAGUGGUUGCUGUUCCCGCGACCUGGCAGUCUCGAGCAGAGAGACCGGCCCGAAAGCGACGGCGAGCCCGAGGGCCACCGCUACAGUAGUGAAGAGGGCGACUCGGAUCACGGCCCUCCCGACGUCAGCGAGGAUGAUGGCGCCGACACCGGCACGGGCGUGAACUCGGAGGAUGGGGAGAAGAUCUGA